UCUCCCUUCUUCACACACAGAGAUGGCUUGUCACUUUGAUCUCCUCACCUCUCUUUUCCUCAUUGCCAUUUUUAUUCCAUUAGGAGGAAAAUUGUGUGAAAGUGCAACCACCUUCACCAUUGUGAAUGACUGCAAUGAGACAGUAUGGCCUGGAAUAAUAACACCUGGUCUCAACUUCCAUGGUGGUGGUUUUGCACUCAAACCAGGCCAAUCAGCCAUUUUCACUGCUGCUGAUGUGUGGGGUGGCCGGAUAUGGGGCCGAACAGGUUGCAGCUUUGACAAGAAUGGCAGUGGAAAAUGCCAAACUGGUGCCUGUGGCACUACCCUCAACUGUACAAGCCCUGGAAAACCUCCUGCUUCAAUUGCUGAGUUCAACCUUGGUGAUAUUGACUACUACGAUGUCAGCCUUGUUGAUGGCUUCAACCUGCCCAUUACAAUCACCCCCACGAAUGGUACCGGAAACUGCAGCGUUGCUGGUUGUGAUGCAGACUUGAGGCAAAAAUGCCCAAGCGAGCUAGCCCUUAAAACAGAUGGGAAGAUCAUAGCUUGUAAAAGCGCAUGUGAAGCAUUCAACACUGAUCAGUACUGUUGUCGAGGUGCGUAUGGAAAUCCUAUAUCAUGUGUAGCUACAAACUAUUCCAGGAGUUUCAAACAGGCCUGCCCUGUGGCAUAUAGCUAUGCAUUCGAUGAUCCUACGAGUAUUCUCACCUGCAAUGCCCCAGAAUACACUGUAACUUUCUGCCCAUCAAGGAACCAAACAGCGUGCUCAUAUCAUGACAAGAAACUGAACUGCAAUGCAUCAAAGGGCUCAAAAGAACUCUCUCAUACAUGGUGGUGGCUCCUGAUACUGGCAUUGCCCUCAAUGAUUAAUUUAGGGCUUCCAAUUAGAUAAAAUCUGGUACAGUGUCGAUAAUUUUUUGGAUCAACCAACUAUUGUUGUCAUUGGGACUAUUAUCUCUAUUUACAUAGUGUAUUUUUUUGUUUGAUGUUCCAAAUGUUUACUAUAGAAGUUGUACAUAGAUGCCCCAACGAACAUUACCCCUGUUUUCAAAGUUUUCUAAUGUAGUUCGGGUGUGUCUUCUUUAAUCAAACAAAUCCCUCUGCAAUUAAUGGAUGAUGGGCAUCAAGCCAUACCCAAAU